CUCUGUCGAACGGAGCAUUACUCAGUUUUAAGUCACCGCCCCCCAUACAAGAUGGUAAAAAGUUCCCUGAUCUUGUGCCUUUUCGCUCUCCUGUUUGUCCAGGUUCGGAGUGAUCUGGCCGAUGAGCAAGAACAUGCCCAACAUCCCCGUCUGCAAUCAUCACGCGACUUCGAGGCCCUCGACGAGGAGCUGGACACACGGUUCUGGCACGAUAAGGCCCAAUCGAUUCUGGCCGAUAAGCUGGCCACACACAAGAAACUCAACGAAAAUCGGGCUAAGAACGUGAUCCUAUUUUUGGGCGAUGGCAUGUCAAUUCAUACGAUUGCGGCCACACGUGCCUUCAUGGGCGAUAGCAACAAGCAGGUCUUCUUCGAGAAGUUCCCCUAUUUGGGUCUCUCCAAGACGUAUGCUGUAAACGAACGUACCCCCGAUUCGGCCAACACAGCCACGGCCUAUUUGACCGGAGUUAAGGCCAACUACGGUACCAUUGGAGUGAAUGCCCAGGUGCAGCGUGGCGACUGUGUGACCAAUUCGAGCCAUCAUGUCCAGAGCAUUGGUCAGUGGGCCCAGGAGGCCGGAAAGUGGGCGGGUGUGGUGACCACGGCACGAGUGACACAUGCCUCGCCAGCUGGGGUUUAUGCCCAUGUUGCGGAGCGGAAUUGGGAGCACGAUGGUGAGAUAGUCAGCUCCCAGUGCAGUCCCGAAAUCAACACGGAUGUGGCCCGCCAGCUGGUGGAGUGGCCAGUGGGCCAGGAACUUCGCGUGAUUAUGGGCGGUGGUCGCUCCUAUUUCCGGGAUCAAUCCCAGCCCGAUGAGACUGGUGUUGCGGGCCUGCGGACCGAUGGUCGAGAUCUGAUCAACGACUGGCAGGAGAUCAAGAAGCAACAGGGAGCGGAGGGCAAGUACGUGUGGUCCCUGAAGGGUCUCAAGGAAACGGAUCUCAGCAAGACGGAUUAUCUUCUCGGACUCUUCGACACCUCUCACCUGCCCUAUCACGGUGAUCGUCGGCGAACCCAUUACGAAGACGCCGAGCCAUCCCUUUCCGACAUGACAGAGGCAGCCAUCAAAUUGCUUAGCAAAAAUAAAGAGGGAUACUUCCUGUUUGUUGAGAGCGGCCGUAUUGAUAUGGCCCAUCACGCCACAAAGGCGAGGAAGGCUCUGGAAGAUACUCAAGAAUUCGCGGCAGCCGUAGAAAUGGCAAGGAAAAUGACCAACGAGGAGGACACUCUCAUUGUUGUGACUUCGGAUCACUCGCACACCAUGUCCAUUAAUGGCUAUCCGUACCGGCGUCAGAACAUCCUUUCCCUGGCUCCCAAUGUGGCUGAUGAUGAUCUGCCCUUUACCAUCUUGUCCUAUGCCAACGGCCCUGGAUUUACCGACACCUACAGCUCUGAGUCUGGACGCAUUGAUCUCGGCCAUACGGACACUACCAACGAAGAGUUUGCUUUCCAGGCCACGGUUCCCCUGAGCAGUGAAACCCAUGGCGCCGAGGAUGUGGGUGUCUUCGCAUCUGGUCCCUUCGAGCAUCUUUUCACUGGCAAUUACGAGCAGAGUUCCAUCCCAGCCAUGAUGGCCUAUGCGGCCAACAUUGGGCCCUUUGCCAAGGACAAACUGAAUGAGUAAUAAAGUACCGAUCAUAUCGUA